CAUGGACGUGCCGCCUGUGCAUCCUGGACGUCUCUCGGAUGAGCUAUUAGUGUUACAGGGCGAUCAUAGGUCCGCCUACGUAUGGGAGGGAGAGCUACUGGAGCAGACUCUCCAUGCCAGGAGAGUGGACGACUUGUGGGACUUUAUGCGAGGCAGAGUUUUCCAUCCCCGCGUAGUCCAGCGCCUGAGGGAUAUCGGCUUCUAUAGGAUAUUUGAGAUUGGGCGGCUGCAGCUCGACUGGUCUCUGAUCACGGCCUUGAUAGAGCGGUGGCGACCGGAGAUGCACACUUUUCACCUGCCCAUUGGCGAGGCCACCAUCAUGCUGCAGGAUAUUGAGGUUUUAUAUGGGCUGCCUGGUGAUGGACUGGCCAUUGCACUGCCUCAGUAUAUGAGAUCUAUGUUGCGUGACCAGUAUUUGGACUUGCUGCAGCAGUUCACUGGUUUCAGGCCACAGGCUGAGACUGCAGCUUUAGGGGCCAGUCGCAUGGCUUUGACAGCUAUUAGACAACAUUUAGAGAUAUUGCACCCUGACAUCACCGGCGAGACAGAUGAUCUACAUAUUCACCGGUACACGAGGUUGGUGCUGCUCCUUCUUUUUGGGGGUGUCUUGUUCCCGAACACUUCGGGAAAUCUAGUGAGUUUGCAAUUUCUACAUCAUCUUCAGCAGCUAGAUGAUUUACCCCAGUACAGCUGGGGUGCUGUUGUUCUCGCUUACCUGUACAGGAAUAUGUGCCGGGCAAGCAUGGGCACCCAGAGCGACGUAUGUGGUUUUCUGCCGCUUCUACAGUUUGGGCCUGGGAGCGGUUCCUACCGUUGCAGCCACCUCUACCACCAUUACCUCCAGAUGUAGAGCCUACGUUUCUCCCUUUAGCUACGAGGUGGUUCUCCGGCGGGGAAAUUACCGAGCCAUUGAUGCUCAUCAUAAUCUCCCCCUUGUCAGGGAUGUGUUGGAUAUGCUGGAGGGCGCACAGUUCAUCUGGACGACAUACAGCGACGACUUGAUAGGUGGCUUUCCCGAUUAUUGCUCGGCCGGCCGACUGAUUUGGAGCACUUCCGUCUCGCUGAUGUGCCUCAAUAUUGUGGAGCAUCAUGCCAAAGAGCGGGUACUUCGCCAGUUUGGCCGUCCGCAGACUAUACCGAGGGGGCCUGCAUGAGAAGCUUUACAUUAUCAGCGGGAUGAUCGUUCGAGGGCGGAUGACGCAUUUGGAGCAUGGCUAGAGGCGCAGGUCCAUACUUGGGAGGGCGAGAGGACCUGAUUCCGCCCCCACCUUCACAGAUCCAGGCGACGACUAUUCAGAUGUAUACGUCUUGGUACCGCCGCGUUACCCGACUUUUUAUCGGGAACCCCAUUCAUCAAGAUGGCGGUCGGUACACACCAUACGCCGAGAGGCACGAGGCACUGGCUAUUGGUCAUCAUUUAUUCUACCAGUUGGGACUACAUAUGCAGCAGCAUGCCGGCGAUCCUACGGUCGCUGAGUAUGGCCGGCAGGUGAUAGAGCUAGCUCUCUAGACACUGUAGCGAGCCAGACUGGGCGAGCGCUUAGAUCACGACCCUGAGUAUAUGGCGCCAGAGUACCACCAGCGGGGUAGGCCUGUCCCACGCCCGAGGGGACGGGGACGAGGCAGGGCUGUCCCACGAGGCGGGGGUGCCCCACGAGGCAGGGGUGCCCCACGGAGUCGUGGGGGCCGGCGAGGAGGUGGUCCCUAGCAAGGGGGCGUGGAGGCACCUGUUGAGGCACCCGAUGAGGAUCUUGGAGGUGAUCAGCCGGGUUAUAUCCCUCAACAAGACGAGCCUCCCUGCAGCAUGCCGUCGUACAUCCUUCAGCUGGAGCUGCCAGCAUCGCAGGUGACCCCGUCAGAUCCAUUGUUGAUCACGGGCACGAGCUACACCGCAGAUAUAGAGCAGUUCUUUUCAGGCCCAUCGACCACAGCUGAGGAUCGGCCGACCCGAGACGUGGAUGGUAGGCACAGGUUGAGUUUUGGCUCAUCGUCGUCGGGUGCGGCGGAUCUAUCACAGGCGCAUGUAUAUUUGUAUUAUUAUUAAAUUUUAAUUUAUUUUUUUUCUCAAUGAUUUGCCAUAAAAUAAUUUUUUAUCUUCUUAUUAAGGCUUCAUCCCAGUCGGCCACGGAGGCCACUUUAUGCGAUGAUGAGGACACCACAUAUGCUUAUAUUCAGGAGCCCGACGAGACCAUGGUUGCUGAUGGACCGACGACUCCUUCUAUCGACCCUGCCAGCUCAACUGACGAUCAUCCUGCAGCGCAUCCUCAUAUAAAGAGGCGACGUGAUGAGGAUGAUCCUGAUAGUGUAUCCAGACGGGAGGGAAUGCGCCUCAGGCGAGCGGCUGCAUUGAAGCAUAAGGGUUGUGGGACUCAUUGA